UGCCGGCUAGCUGUUGAUCCGAACGGUACUUCGGGAGUUUUUUCUCGCAGCCAAUGGGAGUGAGUUGUCGAGUGCGUUCGGUCGUUUAGAGUUGGUGAUUGAUUGGUGAAGUUAGGUGACCGAGUUCGAUCCUAAGACGCGCGGAGUUUGUGUUUUUUUUUUCUUGUGUCCCACCCCCCAGGAUUGGUGCAGACGUCUCGCUCGACGCAAUCCUUGUUGGGUGUGUGGGUGUGCGGGGAGUGGUGAUUUUCGACUCCUGGCGGGGAGAAUCCGCGAUUUUUCCGGGUGAACGAGUGGGCGAAGUCGGCCUUCAAGUGAAUGCGUUGGUGUGCUCGAGAGCGUUCCAGUUCCAAGGAAUUGCCGCGCGCCUUCCGUUACAAAGUUGUCGGAGGAAUUUUCCGAACAAUUUUCCAGCUGCCAGCUUCGGGUAAUUCAAACCUCGGAAAGAUUCCUACCUAGUAUAGGUACAAAGUAAUGCCAGUGGAUAGUGGAUCUUCCAGCCGAGCAUAGGCGUCGAGUGAAAAUCGUUUACAACUAACGGCCCAUAUGGUCGCCUGGCCACGCACCAGUCUCUCGGAAGGAUCAUCAAUCGAAGGCCUCCGCUGCAAGUGAAUGUUUAUUGGAUAUUUAGUUGUUGCUGGUGUACGGUUUAAUAGUUUUUUCUGUUGUUGUUGUUUUGCUUUUCGGUUUCUGUUUCACUUUUUAUGCUUAUGCUUCACGCUCCAGUAGUUUCUUUCGGGGAUCUGGAUACGGGCUGGGCUGGGUGAAGUCGAUCCGUACCGAAGAUGACGAGUCCGGCGACUAUUAAUAGGUCUUCGUGAUGGUGGCGAAUGAUGUAGUGUAGCGUAAACAAUUCCGUCCGAGUCUUGGAACGGUUUAGUUUAAAGCCGAAAAUCGAAGCAACUUCCUUGGUGGACGUUAGCACGCGUAAGCUCUUUGUAUCUCUCUCUCCCUAAGACGUUCGACGUUUCGUUCGUGGUGCUCGGUACAAGUGUGCCACCAAAUGGGCUAACUCAGCAUCGGUGCAUCGGCCCCCACAUUUAGUGUGUGUUACGGAUGGAUGAUCCUUUCGAUUCGAUAGUUCGUGAAAUAGCAACAAUAACAACAGCAACAACAAAGUUUCGUUUCAAGAAAACCCCUUUUGCAGCAGCACAAAACGCGAAGUGAAGUGACGGUUUAGUGGCAAUGGGCUCAUCAUAUUCGUGUACCCGUGAAGAGAACGGCUAUUCCGUCCGUGUGGAUUAAUAAAUUGCCGUUAUUGGUCAGUCAAUCUGCGGCCAAUAGUCGGUGGAGAAAUUUAGGUGCAAUUUGAUAUACAGUCCAGUUGCUGAAAAGCGCAAGUGAUUAUUGGGGGGAGGCUCGCGUUCAAUCGAUGUUCAAAUGGAUUUCUGCUGAUGGAUUAACGCGAAAAAACAGGCUGGAAAACGAGGAUUGUGUUAGGUACGGAGGAUUCGAUUAUAAUUCAGCUCAACUCCCGGCGCGAUCGGAGCCAAGACAAAGGUGCGUGACAAUCGGUUUCAGAAAUUAAUCCAUCACAAUCCUAGGGGGCUUUCGGCUUUUCGGUUCCCAUGAAUGCUAGUCUCGAAUGAGUGACAAAAGUGUCAAGAUCCCAUUACAAUCGAGAGAUAGAGACAGCGGAGAGUGAAGACACAUCAAAGGUGGAACCGGUUUCACCUAUUCUUCGGCUCCCUAGGAAAUUGAUUCAUCAGCAAAUCCCCCGCCCGGCCCGAGUGCUUCCGGUGACAGCCGAUUUGGGGGGAUCGAAGAUUAAGAGGAAAACGAAACCACAACUGUGGGUGACCCGACCUCAUACGAUUUUUUUGGUGCUCGGUUCGGAUGAUCAAUUGUGAAACGAUACGGGAAAAAAGGAAACCAAAUGUGAGCUUUUGUGAUUUCGUGUUAAUGUAUGUGUGUAUGUUUUGUGUAAUCUCUACGGGAGGUCUUCUUCGGUGUAAUAAGAAGCGAUUCCGGAAAACUCCCACGCUCCCCGACUUUCCAUGAAUGGUGCGCUCUAACAAUAGUAUUCACAUCUCGGUCUGGUAGGUGUUUUUUAAUUUUCUGGGAGUGAGAGCCGAAGGGAAACGAGAAAUCCAACAGCAGGUGUCAAUUACAAGCGUGUUGAACCCGUUGUUCGUUCAGGGUGGUGUCGGAAAAGUUUCGAGCCUCGAAAAAAAAAAACAACAACAACAAAGAGCUGCUCCAGAUUACACGACGAUUAUUCAGUAUUGUGAGAAGAGAAAAGUGCACCGAGAAAUUCGCGAUGGCGGCACUACUGAUUGCUUAGAGAUAAGAGUGCCACCACUAUACAGCUUUGUGGUUGCCCGUAUUUCACUUUCAAACUGCGGCUGACAUUCAAAGAAAACAUUUCCAUCAAUCAAGGUCCCGUACGCAUCGACUGGCAGCAAUCGCGAGUGCGUUUGUGCGCGCGCGCGCGCCUAACAUUUUCGCUCAAGGGUCUCGGUCCGUUUGGUCCCGUUUCUUCAACUGCAAAGUGGUCCAAAGGCCGUCAUUUAUUAUCAACCACGCACCACUUCCAGUAGUGGACGAGACCGUAGCGAGGAAAAACCGGUCCAGCUAUACAAUCAACCUAUCGAUCAAUCAAUCAAUCAAUCAGCCAACCAAUCAAUCAAUCGGAUCUUCUCCCGUCAGGGCAACGCGAAGACACGCCCUGGGCGGCGAACUCUCGGAGCAGCUCCAAAAGAGGGCAAAACGGUGGCCGGUGCCAAGAUCGACAGCUUCGUAGAGGAGGGCAGAGGAAGAAAAAAAGUUCAACAACUGUCAUGCGCCCUACCUAUCGUGGUGAUAAAUUUAGCAAAAAUUUUCUAUUCACUCCUCUGGAUCGGAUCACACGGCGAAGACGAUGCGGAUAAUGAUAAUGAUCAGUGAUUGCGAAAACGUCAUCGUCGGUGUCAGUUCGUCGCGGCGGGGCCACCUGGUUCCAAUGCUUGAUCUCGUCGGGAUCUUGUGACAAAGUUCUAUGGAAUCGAAAGCAGAAGAAGAAGUUUUGGCGGCUGCUUUAAAGUGAGCAACACACUUACUAGUGACGUUUCGGGUGUUUAGUUCUAUGUUUUUUCUGUCCUCUUUUCGUCCGAAGAGAUUAGUUUCGAUUCGUUUCGGCGGUGACCUUUGCUAGGACCGCCUGUGUAUUGUGUGGAAAAGUUCAGCGUUUUUACUAGGUUCCAGAAGCCAGGCGAUCCACGAUGUACUGCCUUUGUAGAUCAUCGAAGACGAUCGCGGUGCGGAUUGUGCUGCUGGAUGAGACGGAUUUUAUGCAUGAAUUACAGGACGAUCUUCCCGGUCAAGCCCUGCUGGAUGUAGUGUUUGCCCGAUUGAACCUGAUAGAAACCGCCUAUUUCGGAAUCCGUUACAUCGAUCAGGAUAACCAAACGCACUGGCUGGAUCCAGCAUCCCGAUUGUCCCGGCAGCUGAAGGGCAACAAAACUCCUUUCGACCUGUACUUCGGGGUGAAAUUCUACGCCUGUGAUCCCUGUAAGCUGGUCGAGGAAAUCACUAGGUACCAACUGUACCUGCAAGUCAAGCAGGACAUUCUGCAGGGUCGGCUUCCGGUAUCCUUCGAGCUGGCCGCCGAACUUGGCGCCUACGUAGUGCAAGCCGAGCUGGGAGACUACGAUGCCCGGAAGCAUCCGCCGGGAUAUGUGUCCGAAUUUCGGCUGCUGAACAAUCAAACCAAGGAAAUCGAAAGCCGCAUCCACGAGCUGCACAUCCAGCUGAAGGGAAUGGUCCCGUCGCAGGCCGAGUUCAACUAUCUGGAUAAGGUCAAGUGGCACGACAUGUACGGCGUUGAUCUGCAUCCAGUUUUGGGCGAGGACAGUGUCGAAUACUUCCUUGGGUUGACUCCGGGAGGAAUCGUAGUACUGCGGAACAAAACUACGGUCGCCCACUAUUACUGGCCCCGGAUAGCGAAGGUCUACUUCAAGGGCCGCUACUUUAUGCUGAGGGUGUGCGAUAAAAAUAACGAAAUCAGCACCUACGGUUUCGAGACACCAAAGAAGAGUGCCUGCAAGCAUCUGUGGAAGUGCUGCGUGGAGCAUCACUCGUUCUUCCGAUUGGUCCGGACAGCGCCGAUGCAAGCCAGUGCCGGUGCCACCGCUAGUCUGACGUCGUUGAGCUCGAAAUUUAGGUACAGUGGCCGCACCGAACGUCAACAGGUUAAGGAUGCCCUUAAUGCUCCACGAGCGCCACCUGCGUUCACCAGAACUCCGUCCCGGCGGCAGCCUCGGCGAAUUAUAGACGAGCAACCUUCGGACGAACGUGUCUUUGAAACGCCCAAAUACAUCCAGCAGGAGAUCAAAUCCGUAUCGAUACCUCAGCCAGCCCAAACAGGGUUCAGCUUUGAUAGCCCUUACCGUUCUACUUGCAGCAUACCGGCUGCCCUCACCAAUAGCAAAUCGCAUCCACCGGCUCCGGACUCCCCGAGGAGUACCCGAAGCGCCCCCUGGAUGCGAUCCCAACAGCGGGGUUUGUUCGGUAUCAAUUCCAGUCCGAAGUCAGUGCGAUCGGCAUCGACCCGGAUGAGUGCUCCGGUUCACCCGAACCGAAUGCGCUCCAGCUCGGUCGAAAGCCAUUCGUCCAACGAAUCGCGAUCGGGUGGAAGACGUCGAAGGCAUCGAAGCCGUCGUGUUUCCGACAACGAGAGCGAAAUGUCCCGAGGUUCCGGCCGAUCGGGGCGCUCCCACAACUCGCAUCGGAAACACCGACGGCAUCGUUCCAAGAAUCGACGGAACCGUUCCGAUACCGAGAGUCGAGACCGAAGCUACUCUAGCCAUCGACGCUCGACCGAAUCGUUAGAGCUGAUCGACUCCGAAGAGCAGUGGCUAGAAGUACAGCGCAAACAGAUCGAUAGCGUCCCGAAGGCGGCAGUCAUCAAGAGUAGUCAGGUGCUCAAAGGGUCUACUCCGGACUCGGGCAUAACGCAUCAUCACCGCAGUCGACGACAUCGGAAGCAUCGAUCACCGUCGGAGAAGAUUUGGUCCAGCGAGUUAACCAAACACCUGCAGUUCGACCUGGUCGAUACCACCGGCAUGACCGAGGACCAGCUGAAGGAAAUUCCCUACACGGUUGUAGAAACGAACCAUCACGCCACCAAGAAGGCCAGUGCGCUGAAGGUUCACAAAACUAGUCACCACGGUCCCCAGCGGAUCGACCGGAUACGAGAGUAUCCGAAGGAGAGCGUUACCGAUAAUAUGAGUGCCGUCAACGGAUCCAUACGGUCGGCUAGCACCAUCAGCUCCUCCAGGGACUACGAUCGGAACCAGGGAUUGAUAAGGAUGAUGUCGAGCAUGAGUAUGGGCGAUUUUAUCUCGCCAACAAGUUCCAGCUUGAGUCCGUUGGAUAACACCGGGAUCCGAGUUAGCCACGAACACACCGAUUCCGGCUUGGGAGCGGACCAGGACUAUGCAUAUUCCUCGGAAAGAUCCAGCGAUAGCGCCAAGUACGGUACCAACAAAUCAUCGGGAGCCUCGGUGAACUCAGCGCAUACCAAAUCCUCGUCGUCUAACAACAUGAAAACUCAUCAUCAUCCAGUGAGUAACGCUAAUACUAGUAAUAGUAUCAACAGCAACAACAACAUCAACAACCAAAAUAGCAACAGUAACGCUAUCCGGAAGCCUCCGCUGUGCCCCGGAAGACAGCAGAAGCCUUUCCCGGGUCCGAUCAUUCCCGGCGUUCAUAGCGCCGGAGGACCAAACAAUCGCCUAAUCAAUAACAGUAACACACACUUUCAGAACAAUCAUUACACAUUUAGUCUAACCCGGAACUGUGGCACCGGAAUCGGCCAUCAGGCCGUCCGGAAUGGCAUCAGUUCCAGUAGCACUGGUUUUGGGUUGAACUCAUACGGUUAUCUAGAUUCGUCUGCUACCCUCUCAUCCACCUCACCAUAUCAUUACUAUUACGAUGGUACUGGGUUCAGAAGUGCCGCCUUCCAACCUCCAACGCAAUCUGGGCUAGAGCAAGCCCGAUCCGUUCGCGGAACCAAAUCUGACAUUGGGGUUUCGAUCCGACCGAAGCAUCACCGCAACCACCAGCAACAAGCCAAUCAAUACGUCACCAAUGUACAUAACUUCCAUCGACUAGCAAAUGGUAGCGGUGGUGCCAAACGCAUUUUCGGUCAGGUUCCGUCCACCAAAACGGACUAUCUGGAGAACUACAAGACUGGCGUCGAGCGACUCAAGCAAAACAGACGACUCAGCAGCAACGAUCACAACUACAAUGAGCUGGAUGCUGCCGAAGUGUUCACCGGUUUGCUGAACGCUUCGGCAAGUGCCUUGAACAUUGUGAACAACAACUAUCAACCACCGCUGCCCAUAACUUCGCAGACAACGACAACGCCCCCGGAGGGUGAAGAACCCAACGGAAACCAUCAGCCCUGCAAGGGUCCCCUUUUGUAUCUGGACUCGAAUCAGAAUCAGCGAGAUAGUCCGGUUCAAGCUACCAAUGCUCCGGAAUCGGUGGUACCAACUUGCGGAUCACCGGCUAGUGUCCUUAGCGAUAGUGCCGCCAUUCUGCCGAAUGGCGGUAGGCAGCGUUACAUUUCCGGUACUGGCCCUGGGAAACCGGCGAGCUGUUCCAGUAGCAACCGGUCCAAUCACCCCCUGCCUCCGAUUCCUUCGGAAUUGGUCGGCGAUUUCAGGCGUAAAGAUUCCGCUUCGAAGGCUAGUGGUGCAGGUUCUUCGAAGGCGGGACUGCGAUCGUCCAGCCUGGAGCUGAUACUGACGCCAAUUAUUCAGAGCAGACGGGCGCCGUAAUUGUGGGCGAAAUGAGCACCGAACUUUGAGAGUGGGCCCGAAAAACUAAAGCUCGAAAAAUGCCGGAACCGGAAACCGAAACAGUCGAAGUUGAAGAAGCAGCCGGCGCGGGUGGUGGUCUUUGUUCCGGAGCAACUACAUAUUUUAUCUGGAAAAGCCCGGGCCGGCCGGCCGUGACCUGAAAAAGCAUCCCGAUGGAAAAUGAGUGAAAUUUUGUUUUUUCUUCUCUGCUUCAGGAAAAAAACAGCCCGGUUCAAGUGACCGGAAGUGAGGAAAAAUUCGAAAUGUUCAACAUUGUGCUAAUCAAACAUUGUACUAAAGCCUUUUUCGAGUGUGCUGUAAAUUUGUAACGAUAUAUUUUUUCAGCUAGACGUUUGAUGUUAUUCGGAUAUAAAGAAGCUUCGUUUGGUGUUUUUAUAGAUCGUUUUUGUAGGAUGCUACAUAUUUUGUUUUUAAUCGUAUUACUUUCAACGGAUUUUUGUUUUAAAUCUCGAUCCAAUAUCGCUGGGCAAUUUCGCUCUCUUUUGUGUAAGAAAAUGUGUAGUUCGACUGUUCACUGCUGCAAUUAUGUACCAAAUAAACUCUAAUUUUAGCAAGUUUUAAUAAGCGUGUAGAAGGAACUCCUCUUCUCGUUCUUGGUGUAGAGAUCUUAUUACUGCCGAAAAAGUUUGAGAUUAACCUAUCGCUCGGAUAUAACCGUACUAUAUUUGUAAGACCCCGAAACAAAAACACUCAAUUUUGACACUCAAUAGGACUGUUGUACUGUUUAUUAAAGAUAGAAAAAAAAACAUUAACAUAACGAUACUCUUUUUUAUAUGUAAUAUUCGACCCUUCAGUGUUUAACUGAGCUAGGAUUGUGACAACGUUUCUACAUUCUCUGUGUUGAUAAUAAAUUCUAUACUUUUAAUUUGUGAUCGUAAAAAUGCGUUAACAUAAGCAUCAAAACGUGACUAAUCAGAAAUCAAAUCAACGAAUCCGAAAAGAUUGGCAAACAAAAAAAAAAAACAAAUCAAAAUUUAAAGUUUGUAAAAAUCGCAAAAAAAUCGUAACGAGAGGGAAAAAACACAUACACAAGCUAGCUAUUGUUAAAGCCAGCAGCUUCGUGUAAAGUAAUUGGAACCGUUAAUGUUUUUUCACUCUCUCGAGUAAGUUAGGUUACAGAUUAAGCAAACCGGGAUCCAAAUCAAAAAACAAAUCCAGCAACCUCUAACGAACUGAAACUGAAAACUUACACAAACCUUUGUCGGAAACAAACUCAAACACACACAAAAAUCAAACGUAUUGGAAUAAACAUUUACAUUUAUUA